AUGGGCCACACCUUUGGUCUCAAAGGGAGCAAUCCUCGGGUGAAUGUCUUAGUCGUCGGAGGUGCCGGAUACGUUGGAAGUCACGCCGCGCGCCGCAUCGCUGCGGCCGGCCACGAUGUCUGGAUCUACGACAACCUCUCCACCGGUCACCGUGAAGCCUGCUUGCCGGAACGCCUCAUCGAGGGUGAACUGGCCGAUCGCAAGACGCUGACCAAGGUAUUAACCGAUCACAAAAUCGAGGCCGUGCUCCAUUUCGCAGCCUGCUGUUAUGUAGGCGAGUCGGUCACUCAGCCGGCUAAGUACUACCAGAACAACGUGGUCGGCACGCUGGCCCUGCUCGACGCCCUCCGUGCGGCCGAGGUUUCGCGGUUGGUUUUUUCCAGCACCACCGCCGUGUAUGGCACACCAGACAAGGUGCCCAUCACCGAAGACACGCCCCUAAACCCCAUCAGCCCUUACGGCUUCACCAAACGGGUCGUCGAGCACGCCCUGGUCGACUACGCACACGCCUACGGGCUGGGUUCUAUCGCACUCCGCUACUUCAACGCGUCCGGAGCUUCGCGCGAAGGUAACUUAGGCGAAGACCACGCCCCCGAAACACAUCUCAUCCCGCUGGUGCUACAAGUCGCUCUGGGGCAACGCGACAAGAUCACGAUCUUUGGCGACGACUAUCCCACCGAAGACGGCACCUGCGUCCGCGACUACAUUCACGUUGAAGAUCUGGCCGAAGCUCACCUGCUGGCCCUCGAUGCCGUUGAGCCAGGAACAUGCAACGCCAUGAACUUGGGGUCCGAGCAUGGCGCAAGUGUGCUGCAAGUAGUUGAAGCGUGCCGCGAAGUGACGGGCCAUGAAAUCCCCGUCGAGUUUGGUCCCCGCCGGGAAGGCGACCCCGCCGAGUUGAUUGCCGACGCCAGCAGGGCCCGCGAGAAACUCGGCUGGCAGCCCGAGUUCACCGACAUUCGCUCCAUCGUCGAGACUGCCUGGCAAUGGCACCUGGAACAUCCCGACGGCUACAGUUCUUAG